UCAAUAUUCCUUGACACGAAAUAGAAAUAGACCACGGGGAGCUAGGUUUAUCUCAGAGUGUAGGCAAGGGUGUAACGAGGGUAUUCGGGGGGGUGUGGGAUGCAUGUCACGGAAACAGCGAGGUUUAUUUCAUUCGUCUCAAUUCAGAGUGUGUCGGCGACGACUAUCGCAAGCCAUUCCUGAACUCCUGUCGAAAUAUGCAUCGAAAAAAAAGAAGCCCAUUUUCAGCCCACCCAGUCCAUAUUUAUUCUUCCGGAACUUGUCGAUCUCGCCACUCUCGAUGUCGUCGCUGAUAUCCUUGGGGCUUCGUCCAUCCACUUGGCAGCCUACACUGAACGCUGUUCCUAGGAUCUCUUUGACGGAUCCCUUCAGGUCCUUGGAGAAAGACUUGAAUCGCAUUGUUCGGGCGAUCUCGAUGAUGUCGUCGAGAGGUACGCUCUUCGAGUGCUUGAUAUUCUUCUCCUUCUUCCUGUCACGGGGCGGCUCCUUCAAUGCCUUGAUGAUGAGGGAGGAUGCUGUGGGAACGACGGAGACGGCGGCUUGUCGGUUCUGGAUUGUGAGCUUCACGGUGACUCGUAGGCCUUUCUAUUAAUACCCAGUCGCCAGUAGCCUUGGCAAUGUCUUCUCCGACCUUCUUGGGCGACAGACCAAGAGGACCAAUCUUGGGGGCAAGCGCCGAUGAGGCACCGACCUCUCCACCGGUCGCUCGAAGGUGGCUAUAGAACUAUCUGUCAGCCUCGAAUUCGGAGCAAUCGCAAUUUCCUGUCCCUAGCGAGAUUGAAAUCGGAUUUUUUUUAAAAAUAAAACGUACAUGACCUUCACCUCAUUGGGAUCAAUCUUGGGAGCUAUAUUCUGUAAGUUAGCUUGCGUUCAA